GCAGACCAGAGUGAUUCAUCCUCUCACCACAGACCAUCUCUGGCUUAUCAGAAGCGCUGGCUACUGUCCGGGAAGGACGUCGUUCUUGUUAAACUUCAACCCAGAGCUCGUUUAAUAAAUCCAUACGGUCCCUCAGCCGGCAGCAUCCCGGAGGAGAACGGAGAGCAGAACGACACAGUGCAGACGGACCAUCACUGGAACACUGCAAGGAAUGAAGAUAAACCAGUCAGAAUAAUGACGGAGAAGCAAGGGGGAGAGAUAAACUGCACAGGGGAUAUAUAGACUGUGGCUUGACUUUUGUCACUCGGUACAAUCAUCCCUCCUGCUUCUGCUAUGGAACAAGAGGAAGCAGCAGCAGCGCUUCAGGAUGCCGACUCUCAGCUCAUGUACAGUAUAGAGCGUCCGGUCUACGACGAAGCUUUCAUCCGGACGCAUCUUGUCAACCGCAAAGAAAACUCCACCACCAUCCGACAGAGGCUGGCAGAGAAGUUUCAGUGUUCAUCAAAGAAGGCCAAGGCAGUAGCUCGGAGCUUUCUGCCGAUUCUAACAUGGCUGCCGUCCUAUCCAGUCAGGCAGUACCUCCUUUCAGACGUGGUCUCAGGUCUCAGUACAGGAGUUGUGCAGCUCCCUCAAGGUCUAGCCUAUGCUAUGCUGGCUGCUGUGCCUCCAGUUUAUGGUCUGUACUCCUCAUUCUACCCCGUCCUGCUGUAUACCUUCUUUGGCACGUCUAGGCACAUAUCAGUAGGCACCUUCGCAGUUAUAAGUCUGAUGAUUGGGGGAGUUGUGGUGAGAGAGGCCCCAGACUCCAUGUUUUAUGUCCUCCCUGCCAAUGGAACCAACACGUCUAUGGUCCUGGACGUGGAGGCUCGUGAUGACAGGAGGGUCCAGGUGGCCGUGGUGCUAACAACCCUGGUGGGAAUCAUCCAGAUUGUAUUCGGUCUUCUCAGGUUUGGCUUUGUGGCGAUCUACCUCACAGAGCCCCUGGUGCGAGGCUUUACUACAGCAGCAGCCUUUCAUGUUGUCAUAUCCCAGCUGAAGUACCUGCUGGGGGUGAAAACACAGCGCUUCUCUGGGCCCCUCUCUGCUGUUUAUAGCGUCAAAGCAGUAUUAAGUGAAAUUACCUCCACCAACGUCACUACUCUCCUCCUGGGACUUUCGUGCAUCGUGUUCCUGUAUGUAGUCAAACACCUUAACGAACGGUACAAGAAGAAGCUGCCCAUUCCCAUUCCUGGGGAGAUUAUUGUGGUUAUUGUGUCAACUGGAGCCUCGUAUGGUCUGUCCUUAUCAAAAGACUACAGCGUGGCCGUCGUUGGGAACAUACCAGCGGGGCUUGUCCCCCCUGCUGCACCGCUGUUCUCUCUGUUGCCCAGUUUGGUCACAGACUCCUUCGCUGUAGCGAUAGUGGGAUUCUCAAUGGGCAUCUCACUUGCCAAGAUCUUUGCCCUGAAACACGGAUACAGCGUGGAUGGAAACCAGGAACUGAUUGCUCUGGGUCUGUGUAACUUCAUCAGCUCGUUCUUCCAAACAUUUGCCGUCACUUGCUCCAUGUCAAGGAGCCUGGUGCAGGAGAGCACCGGAGGAAAAACACAGAUUGCAGGGCUCCUGGCGUCUCUCAUGGUGCUGCUCGUGGUGGUGGCCAUUGGUUUUGUCUUCCAGCCGCUCCCUCAGACUGCACUGGCCUCCAUCAUCAUGGUCAACUUGUUGGGGAUGUUCAAGCAGUUCAGAGACAUCCCGGCUCUGUGGAGGACCAGCAAGAUCGAACUGGCCAUCUGGCUGGUAGCCUACGUAGCGUCUCUGCUGCUGGGUUUGGAUUAUGGCCUCUUGGUAGCCAUCUCGUUCGCCAUACUAACAGUCAUCUACAGGACACAGAGCCCUAAAAGUUCCAUCCUGGGCCACGUUUCCAGCACAGGACUGUACUAUGACGUGGACGAUUACGAGGAGGCGGCUGAAUAUGAGGGGAUUAAGGUUUUCCACUCCAACUCCUCAAUCUACUUUGCAAACAGUGACCUUUAUGUGAACACCCUCAAGGAGAAGACUGGAGUAAACCCUGUACACAUACAAGCUGCCUGGAAAGCCCAAAAGAAACUGAAGGAGAAGACCAACAGCAACCACUCUUCUCCACUGAAGAUCUGUGCUAAGUACAAGGAUGAGGCAGUGACCCAUGAGGUUCUGCCCCAGAACCACAUGAUGGAGGAGCAGAAGAACGGCCAGCUAGGGGACAGACACAGUGAUUUAAACUCUGAGGAGGCCGUCUUCCUGGAGCCUCUGAACACCGUCCACUCCAUCGUCCUGGACUGGACGUCUGCCAGCUUCAUCGACUCUGUGGGAGCCAAAGCCAUCAAACAGGUCAUUAAGGAAUAUGCAGCUGUGGAUGUUCGUGUGGUCAUAGCUGGAUGCAACAGACACCUGCUGUCUGAGCUGGACUCCUUACAGUUCUUCACUGGAAACGUGACCACAGACAUGGUGUUCCCCACCGUCCACGACGCUGUGCUCUACUGUCAACACCUGAACUCCUGCUCACCUGCUGCUCCGGCCAAUGAAACGGUCUGACGGGAGCGGACAGCAGCAACGAUGAGGAAUCUCAGGAACAACAUCCUGACUGUAGAAGCAAUGAACUUGUCUCAUUUUUGUUCAGUAGAGAGGAAGUGAGCAGUGAUCCAUGCUGCAUAGAGGUGGGUGUUGUAUCACUCCAGAGCGUCUGACAGCCUUGUUACAUGUGAAGUGCCCACAGGAGUGAGACUGAUCAAAGACUAAGAGUUGUAUUUCCAGCUGACAUUCCUCCAGCCUUAUUCCUCUGUAUCCUCUUAGCAGCACACGCUAAGACACGAGUGUUUAAAGUUGCAUUUUAUGUCUUUUUGUAGUUCUGUCGGAGUUUUUUCUGCUUUGCAGGGACGAGUACAUUUUAAAUGAAGCUGCUGCAGCUGUUUUCUAAAUGACAGUCAUUUGUAGAAGUGUAGUUUGUGGUGUAAAUGUCUGAAGCUGACCGUCUCGUAAUCACGCUGGUAUCAGACGUCUGAUACCAGCGUGAUUACGAGACGGUCAUAGAGAAGUAGUCGUGAUGAGCGUUAGAUUUUAUAGCUGUGAGCCACAUAUGACAAUCACUGGUCAAUUUGCAGUUGUGUUUGUUGUUACUGUACAUUUGUUUGGGUGAACACUGCUGUAAUAGACAUGGUGUGAGAACAUUUUAGUUGUGCUGCUACUGAAUAACACAGGAUGCCUUUCAAGUUACCACAGAGCUAUUUUACAAAGCACUAAAGACUCAACUCUGGAAUAAACUUUAUUUUGAAGUGUACAAGAAUGACAACAAAAAGGACAA